UGGCUCAGCGAGAUGGACUCCUAAGCAGUUCAAUCGGCCGGCCGGAAAGGUGAUGGGCAGCCCUCUUGGCAAGUGCAGCAACUGCUCGCUUCCGCUAGUUGAGAGUGCUGAUCAGGAGGAGCCCGAGGAGAGAUGGUGCUGCCAGUGCCUCUUCUUCCACCGGCACAUGCGGGACAUGGAGGUGGUGGUUGAGCCGGCGGAGAGGGGGCUCCCGGAGCCCGAGAUUAGGUCUCCACCUGGUCGCGAUGUCCAUGUCGGCUUCCCCCACCAGGAGACUCCCAAGUCCAUGCUGUCACCGAGCUCGGAAUCAGAAAGCGCGGGCCCGGGCUCGAGCAUCGAGGUCCCCGCAUCUUUGAAAGGCCUGGCGGAGUCCAUCGCCCAUUCUUCUGGCCACAAGGGGGAAGUGCUGGUCGCUGGCAUGCGCCUGGAAGACUUCUGGCAGAGGCUGCUGGCCUUGGAGUCCAAAGGUAAAGCCGGAAGUGCGCUGUCGAGAGGAGAGAAGCUCUUGCGCUUUCGGCAGCGCUACUCCUGGCCUUCGAGCAUCAGUGCGCAGCGCGUGGAAAAGGCGCUGCGUAGCGGUGCCAACGUGUACCUGCCCCCGCGAUGGGUAGGCGACUCACCGGUGAUCAUCUUCAUAGCGCAGAAGGUCAACACGCGGCUUUGCGCCAUGGAGGAGUACCAAAUGCUCAUCAUGUUCAUGCUUGAGACGGCGUUCCGAGAUAGCAACCCGGAUCAGGACCGCGGCGUCACCGUAGUGCUGGAUGUUCGGCAUCUCUCUUCCGUGGUGUGGCAGGCGUGCCUCUCCGGGUUCAGCGACAUGGCGCGUGGCAUCGCCAUGUGCUCGGCGGCGCUGCCGAUGAAGGCGUCCCAGGUGCAGCUCAUCGAAGAUGAAGCUGGUGCCCGGGCGGCGCAUUACGCGGUGGGGCUGAUCCUUUCAAAGCUGAGCUCCAAGACGCGGUCGCGGGUGACGCGGGGCGGGCCGCAGGCCGCCUUGGAGGGUUUGGGCAAGGAGAUGCUGCCCGACUUCUUGGGCGGCCUGCGGGAUUCCAAAGCCGAGUUCUCCGACUGGUUGGAGCAGCUGGAGCUUGAUGCUCGUCAGGUGUCCAUUUGACCAAGUCGAGAACUGCUUUCGAAUCCAUGCUUUUGAAGGCCGGUGCGACUCUUUGGCGGUGAGACAUGCCUCGGAAUGCCCCGAGCGAUCCGGUGUCUUCCUUGUGGCCAGGGCGUUCUCUUCCAUUUGGCCCAGUGGGCUCAGAGCGUCUUUCUGGUCAAUGCAAGGGGGAACCCUCCCCCAAGAAAGGUUGG